AUGGCCCAGCGCCCGGCUGGCCAUGGACGGGCCCCGCUGAGCGCCGGGCUCCUGCUUCCCUGCCUCCUCCUGGCCGCGAUGCUGCUGCUGCCGCUCAUCCAGGCGGGGGCCCGGAGCUGCCCGUCCUGCUUCUGCUUCGCCACGCCGGACACCAUCCAGUGCCGCUACGUCCGGCUCCUGGAGCCGCCCGCCGAGCUGCCCAGCGCCGUCCACAACCUCACCAUCGUCGGCGGCAACUUGACGGUCCUGCGCGCGGCCGCCUUCGCCGGAGGCUGGGCGGGGGGCGAGGCCGUCCGGCCGCUGGGCAACCUGACGCUGCUGGUGUUGACGCACGACCGCAUCGAGGCGCUGGAGGACGCGGCCUUCGCCGGCCUGCCCGCUUUGGCCACGCUGGAUCUGAGCUACAACCCGUUGCGCUCGGUGGCGCCGGGCGCCUUCGCCGCUUGCGCGCGAUUGCGCGCGCUGAGACUCAACCAGGCGCUGCUGGCGGCGGAGGCGCCUCCCUUCGAGGAGCUCCUGGACGGCGCCCUGGCGAACCUGAGCCUGGCGCGGCUGGAGCUGGCCGGCAACCGCCUGCGGGAGCUCCCGGCGCCGGGAGUCCUGCCGCCGGGCCUGGAGGAAUUAGACGUGCGCAAUAACUCGCUGCGGGCGCUGCGCCCCGAGGGCCUGGAGGACUUGGCGCUGCUCGGCCGGCUGCAGCUCCAGCUCGCCUCCAACCCGCUGCACUGCGAUUGCGCCUCGCUGCGGCCCCUGCUGCUCUGGCUGCGCAACGCGACGUGGCGGGUGCCCGACGCCCGGAGCCUCCGCUGCGCCUCCCCGCCGGCGCUGAGGGACAGGCCGAUCUUGCACCUCCAGCCGCUGCAGCUGGACUGCCUCGACGGGGCGGACUGGGGACUACUGGACCCCGACGGCCCCGAGGAAGAGGAGCUGGAGACGGCCUCCUACGUCUUUCUCGGCAUCGUCCUGGCGCUCAUCGGGGUGAUCUUCCUCAUGGUGCUCUACCUCAAUCGGAAGGGCAUCAAGCGGUGGCUCAACAACCUGCGGGAGGCCUGCCGGGACCAGAUGGAGGGCUACCAUUACCGCUACGAACAGGACUGCGACCCGCGACGGGCCAGCCCCGGUGGCCUCUGA